GUGGACAUGUCCCCUGUGAUGAUGUUGACAAGAUGAGCCCGCGGCUCCCUUCAUUUUCCUCACAACACCACGCUAGAAAAUCAUCCAAUUACCUCCUUUCCCGCGCUCUGACCACUCUUUACUUCAAAAUAAACUGUUUAGAACACUGUUCCAACACAGUCCCCGUAAAUUUAGACCCAAAUGUCUCAUUGCAAGACCCUGAGGAGGAGUCUCUGCAGAACCCCUACAUUCUCAACAAAAUUAUAUCGUCGUGUGCGGAAAAGGGUUGUUUUUCAAUUGGAGUUCUGCUUCACGGCCAUGUUAUUAAGAUGGGUUUUCACUCCAAUGUACACAUCAACACUUCCCUCAUAGAUAUGUACGGGAAAUGCGCUGAGGUUUUGUGGGCUCACAGACUGUUCGAUGAAAUGCCCAACAGGAAUGCAGUUACCUGGAAUGCUUUGGUUUCUGGGUACGUGACCACCCGUGAUCCUCGCACGGCUAUUCAGUUGUUUAUCAGGAUGUUAAGAGAGGGUGUUCCCAUGACAGCCUUUGCUGUUUCGGCUGCAUUGGUUGCGUGUGCGCAGUUAGAAGAUGUUGCGCUUGGAGCGCAAGUGCAGGGCUUGAGUUUGAAAGCAGGGAUGGAGUUUAAUGUUGUGGUGGGAAGCAGUUUGAUUGACAUGCAUGCAAAAUGUAGGAACAUGGAGGAUUCUGUUAAAGUUUUUGAUGGAUUGGUUGAUAAGAAUGUUGCUGUUUGGUCUUCAAUGGUUGCUGGCUAUGCACAUAAUCGGUGCCCCAAAAAAGCGAUGAUUUUGAUUAAAGAAAUGUCCUUAUCUGGUCUUAAGGCGAAUUACGUUACGUACAAUAGUUUGUUGAGCUCAUUUGGUUGUCUAGAUGAUUUAAACCAUUGCAAGCAGAUUCAUUGUCGUGUGAUUCGGGAGGGCUUGGAGUCUAAUGCUCACUUGGCCACUACACUAGUGAUUGUGUAUUCAGACUGUGGUUGUAGCAUAGGUGAGUUAUACCAAAUUUGCUCCAGUAUUACUGAAUGGGAUCAAAUUGCGUGGAACGCUGUUAUUGCUGGAUUUUCUAAUUUGGGAAUCGGUGAGGAAGCUCUCAUGUGUUUUUCUCAAAUGAGACGGGCAGGCUUUGCGAUUGACUUCUUCACAUUUUCUAGUGUGUUAAAAGCACUGGGGAACAGUUCAGCACUCAACGAAGGAAAACAGACCCAUGCUCUGGUGUUCAAGACUGGGUACAUUAUGAACUUAUAUGUGCAAAAUGGGCUUGUUUCCAUGUAUGCACGAUGUGGUAAGAUCGAGGACGCAAAGAAAGUAUUUUCUUCAAUGGAUGAGCAUGACUUGAUAUCAUGGAAUUCAUUGCUUACAGGCUGUGCCCAGCAUGGCUAUGGUAGAGAAGCUAUUCAAAUGUUUGAACGGAUGAGAGAGAGUGUGAUUAAGCCAAAUGGUACCACUUUCCUUGCAGCACUCACCGCUUGCAGCCAUGUUGGGCUGCUCGACAAAGGCCUAGAGUACUUUGAUCUAAUGAAACAUGACGCCUUCCUUCCACAGGCCGAGCACUACGCCUGCAUAGUGGAUCUCUACGGCCGUGCUGGAUUUCUCCAUGAAGCCGAGGCGUUUAUCAAUAGCAUGCCAAUUGAGCAAGGACCCUCUGUAUAUAAAGCUUUGUUAAGUGCCUGUCAAGUUCACGGUAAUAAGGAAAUUGCAGUGCGUGCUGCCAGAAAGCUCAUCAAACUGUGUCCUAAUGAUCCUGCUAUAUAUGUAUUGUUGGCUAAUGUGCUGGCAACUGAAGGUAGUUGGAACGAUGCAGCCAGUGUUCGCAAGCUAAUGUGUGAUAAAGGAGUGAGGAAAAAGCCUGGGAAUAGCUGGUUAUGAAUCGAAAAUAGGAGUUAGUUUCUUGCCGUUGGACGUAGAAAUAGCCUGUUGAUCCCAUCGGGUUCACCGAGGAUCUGGAAUUUUGUCGACAAACCCACCCAAAUAAUAUCUAUAAAUAAUAUAAUUAAUUUAUUUAGA